UAAACCAAUAGAAGAAAAAAAACACACUGUAGUGAAUGAGUGAGAGAAAGAGAUAUGGCAAGAACCCACUUAAUCUCUCUUCUACUAGUGCUCUCAUCAACAUCAACUUUAUCAACAUUACCAUCAUCAAAAGAGCAAGAAGAGGACAGGAUCAAAUCACUUCCAGGGCAACCAAAAGUAGGAUUCUCACAGUUUGCGGGUUAUGUGACUGUAAACGAAUCACAUGGUCGAUCACUCUUCUACUGGCUCACUGAGUCAUCAUCUCAGUCUACUCACACCGAACCACUUCUUCUUUGGCUUAAUGGAGGACCUGGCUGCUCGUCGAUUGCUUAUGGAGCGUCGGAGGAGAUUGGACCAUUUCGGAUCACAAAAACUGGUUGCAGUCUUUAUCUCAACAACUUUUCUUGGAACACAGAGGCAAACCUUUUAUUUUUGGAAUCCCCCGUUGGAGUUGGUUUUUCAUACACCAACACAAGCUCUGAUUUCGAAGAAUUUGGAGACGAACGUACAGCUCAGGAAAAUUUGAUAUUUCUAAUGAAGUGGAUGUCAAGAUUUCCUCAGUACCAAUAUAGAGAUUUUUACAUUGUUGGUGAAAGCUACGCUGGCCAUUAUGUUCCUCAGCUUGCCAAAAAGAUUCAAGAGUACAAUAACGCCUCUAAAAGACCAAUCAUCAAUCUCAAAGGUUUCAUGGUUGGAAACCCAGAGAUGGACAAAAACAACGACAAACUCGGGACCAUAACGUAUUGGUGGUCUCACGCGAUGAUCUCCGACACUUCCUACAGUUCCAUCCUCGAAAACUGCGAUUUCGCGGCAGAGAGAUUCUCGAAAGAAUGUGACUCAGCCAUUUACAACGCUGCGGCUGACUUUGGCGACAUAGAUCAGUACAGCAUAUACACACCCAAGUGUGUACCUCUACAACAACAAACAACGAACCAAACCAAGUUUGUGGAGAUGAUGAAUAUGCAUAUAACUAAACGGUUUUUAGAAGAUCAGUAUGACCCUUGUACCGAAAACUACGCCGAGAUUUAUUAUAACCGUCCUGAGGUACAACGAGCCAUGCACGCUAACCAAACUGUCGUCAUUCCAUAUAAGUGGACCGCUUGCAGUGACUCUGUGUUUAAUAACUGGAAUUGGAGAGAGUCCGACAAUUCAAUGCUGCCGAUAUACAAGGAACUCAUUGCUGCUGGUCUACGGAUCUGGGUCUUCAGCGGCGACACAGAUUCGGUGAUUCCAGUGACUGCGACUAGGUUUUCCCUCAGCAAACUAAAUCUUGCGGUGAAAACUCGCUGGUACCCUUGGUACUCCGGAGAUCAGGUAGGAGGACGUACAGAAGUAUAUGAUGGGCUUACCUUUGUGACGGUAAGAGGGGCCGGCCAUGAGGUACCAUUCUUCCAACCGAAGAGUGCGUUAGUUCUUUUAAGAUCAUUCUUGGCUGGAGAAGAGCUUCCAAGAUCUUAUUAGUGAUGACCAACAUUUGGAGCUCCACUGGUACUUGUACUAGGCAACCUUUCAAAGAAACUACGCCUCAAAGUCCAUCAGUUUUGAUGUUGGGGGAGAUGACUAAUUCACAGCUCUAGUAAUUGAUAGAGGAGAUUAAGGACCAAAUGUUUUUGAAGAUAUUUUUUAAAAUUCGAAUUGAUAUCCAAAGA